AUGGCACCCAAAGUCGAGUAUGCCGAUAACCUUGGGCCUUCAAGACAAGAAGACGGUACCAUUGAGGGCACUUCCGAAGAAAUCAUCGACAAUCCGGACAAAGCUACUGCAUUCGCCAUCAGUGGUAUAGAUGAACACUACGACAUUGACUCUGACAACUCGCCCCAGCCUGAAGUCAGAGCAAAUGUCCCCAAUGUCGACGAUCCUUCUAUGCCUGUUAACACGCUUCGUGCGUGGGCUUUAGGUCUUCUGUUCACCAUCCUCGGUACUGGUAUCAAUCAGUUCUUUUCGAUGAGAUAUCCCAGUGUGACCAUCUCAUCGCUCGUCGCACAAUUAGUCGCGUAUCCAGCCGGAAGAGCCCUUGCGCACGCCCUCCCCAUCAUGAGAAUCACACUAUUCGGGAGAGAAAUUGCGCUUAAUCCCGAUCAUCAUUUCAACAUAAAAGAGCAUGCACUCAUCACCAUCAUGUCGAACCUUUCGUUCGGACCGUCUUGGGCGACGGAUAUCAUCCAAGCGCAGGUUGCGCCUGCGUUCUUGGGGCUAAAGACUCCGGUUGGGUAUCAGUUUUUGCUCGCGCUUACGAUGCAGCUGUUUGGUCUUGGAAUGGCGGGUAUGGCGUACAGAUUCAUUGUUGAGCCUCCGCAUAUGGUUUGGCCUUCGACGCUUGCUAAUGCGGCGCUGUUUCAGACGUUGCAUGGGAGGGCGAACCCGAAGGCUGAUGGGUGGAGUAUCUCGAGGUAUCGCUUCUUCGUUUACGUUUUUGCUGGUGGUUGGCUCUGGUACUGGCUUCCUGGGUUCCUCUUCACUGGCCUAAGCACCUUUGCCUUCAUCUGCUGGGCUGCACCAAACAACAUCGUCGUCAACAACUUCUUCGGCAUGUCAACCGGCCUAGCCUAUCUCCCCACCACGUUUGACUGGUCUCAGAUCGCAUACAACGGCUCCCCCCUCGUCGUGCCUUUCUGGGCACAAGCCAACGUCUUCGCCGGAUGGGUCAUAAUAUUCGCCCUCGUCACACCAAUUCUGUACUACACAAACACUUGGUACACUGCUUAUCUACCCUUCUCCGGAGGCGAUAUCUACGAUAAUACUGGUAACGUCUUCAACGCCUCACGCGUCGUUGAUCGACAUGGAAAUUUCUCACCGGAAGACUACAAGGACUACAGCCCCAUCUUCAUGCCAGUCACUUUCGCUCUGAGCUACGGUAUCUCUUUUGCGACAAUGACUUGCGUUCCGACGUAUAUCUUCCUCAAUUACUGGAAGCAGAUCCUCGGCGCCUUCAAUCCACAGAGAAAGAAGGAUAUACAUGCUCGGCUGAUUGAGAGAUACCCUGAUGCUCCUUGGUGGUGGUAUGCUGCAUUGACCGCUAUCGUUCUUGGUCUCACAAUCAUGGUGCAAGAAGUGUACGACACACAGAUGCCUGUCUGGGGUGUCUUCCUCGCUUUCGGACUAGCAGCAUUCUAUCUCAUCCCUACUGGAAGCGUCUAUGCUGUCGCCAAUCUCAACAGUAAUGUCCUCACUGUCCUUGGUGAGAUUAUUUCUGGAUACGCCAUUCCUGGAAAGCCCGUUGUUAUGCUGAUCUUCAAGUUCUACGCGUACACUGGACUAAGUCAAGCGAUGAUCUUUGCCUCGGACAUGAAGCUCGGGUUGUACAUGAAGAUUCCUCGUCGCACUCUAUUUGUCGCACAGUUGACGGCGUGCAUCGUUGGGUCUCUCACCCAGAACGCUGUUGUUCUGUGGAUGUUGCACCACGUCAAGGACAUCUGCGAGAGCGACCAACCCAACAAGUACACUUGUCCUCAAGGUCGAGUCAACUUCUCCUCCAGUAUUGUUUGGGGAGCUGUCGGCCCCGCCCGUCUCUACAGCGUUGGCAAGAUCUACGCUGGACUGUUGCACUUGUUCUGGCUUGGAGCUCUUCUCCCUGUAGUCACAUUCUUCCUCAAGAAAAGGUAUCCCAACAGCAAGUUGCUGCGUAAUCUUCACUGGCCUCUCUUCUUCGCUGGCACUGGAAACGUACCUCCCGCUACAGGCAUCAACUACAGCUCUGCUUUUGCAGUCUCAUUCAUCUUCAAUAAGUGGAUUCGCGGGAAGUAUCCGCAUUGGUGGGCAAAGUAUAAUUACGUCCUGUCCGCGGCGCUAGACUCUGGUCUUGCAAUUUCUGCUAUUGUGAUUUUCUUCGCCCUCGUUUUUCCGGGUGUCAGUCUUAGUUGGUGGGGAAAUAACGUCCAGGGCACGACUGCGGAUGGCCUCGGUACUCCGUGGAGGAAGCUGGGCACCAAUGAGACGUUUGGGCCAUCUACUUGGAACUAA